AUGACAGAAGAAACUUGGCACAAGAUGCUGAAAUGUUCAAAGAAAACAGCAUUAAUUCAUGAUGGAAAACGGAAGGUGCACUAUCUUUUUUCAGAUGGUAAAGAAAUGGCAGAAGAGUAUGACGUAAAUACCGAUGAGCUCCUUGUGCGGAAAUGGAAACACAAAAGCACCCUUGGAGGUCAUGGACAGUGGCAAGUAGAGGUGGGAGAACCUUUUACAUGUGGGUCUUUGGAUGCAGAGAUAAAAGAAAACAGCUCAAAUCCAUUCAUUUUGCGUAAAGAUACCAAAUCCAGUUUUCAAUGGAGAAUUAGGAACCUUCCCUACCCUAAGGAUCUCUUCAGUGUCUCUGUGGAGCCGUCUGACAGAUGUGUAGUUGUUAAAACCUCGAACAAAAAGUAUUAUAAGAAGUUUACCAUUGCUGAUCUUGACCGCAGCCAGCUUUGUUUAAACAGAGAUGCCCUCAGUUACACUCAUGCCAACAAUACUCUCAUCAUCAGUUAUAAAAAACCCACGGAGAUCUUAACCCUUGAGCAGGAGCUACUGAAAGAGCUGAAGAAGCUGGAUGGAACCAGUGAAGGCGAUGUUGACUGCAAAACUCAGUGA